CUUCCCGGCACCCCCAGCGCGCGGCCCCGUCACGCCCCGCGCGGGCCCCGCCCCCUCUCUGCCCGGGCCCUGCCUCGGAGCCGCCAUCGCCACCCGCCACCAUGCCUGCCCUCAGGCCUCUCGUGAAACCUAAAAUCGUCAAGAAGAGGACCAAGAAGUUCAUCCGCCAUCAGUCUGAUCGCUAUGUCAAGAUCAAGCGCAACUGGCGCAAGCCCAGGGGCAUCGACAACCGCGUGCGGCGGCGGUUCAAGGGCCAGAUCCUGAUGCCCAACAUCGGCUAUGGCAGCAGCAAGAAGACAAAGCACAUGCUGCCCACGGGCUUCAGGAAGUUCCUGGUCCACAACGUCAAAGAGCUGGAAGUGCUCAUGAUGAGCAACAAGUCCUACUGUGCAGAGAUUGCUCACAAUGUCUCUUCCAAGAACCGGAAGGUGAUUGUGGAGAGAGCUGCCCAGCUCGCCAUCAAGAUCACCAACCCCAACGCCAGGCUGCGCAGCGAGGAGAAUGAGUAAGCUUCUGCAGCCCAGCUGUAUUUAAUAAACUCUAAAAAACAA